CAAUGACCAAAGAUGACCACUAAGCAGUGCUAAGUGGUGACCCUGUGCUACAUUUCCCAGCAGCCCCUUGGCCGCAUCCUCAAGCAAGAUGGCAGCUGUUGUCGAGAAUGUUGUCAAACUCAGGUUGGGCGAGCAGUACUACAGGGAUGCCAUGGAGCAAUGCCAUAACUACAACGCUCGUCUGUGCGCGGAGAGGAGCGUGCGCAUGCCUUUCCUGGACUCCCAGACGGGUGUGGCUCAGAGCAACUGCUACAUUUGGAUGGAGAAAAGACACAGGGGGCCUGGCAGGGCUCCGGGCCAGCUCUACACUUACCCUUCCAGGAGGUGGCGCAAAAAGCGAAGAUCUCAUCCUGCCGAGGACCCUCGGCUAGUCUUCCCCUCAGCAAAGUCGGAGCUGGAUGUCGGACUGAAGAAGGAUGCGCUCUUGUCAUCCGAUGGCAGCAGCCUGGAGGCCUUGCUGAAGGGCGACUCCCUGGAGAAACGCGCACCCGCCGAUCCCCGAGCGUCCGAGGAAGACUCCAACCCCGCCGACUACGCCGUCGGCCUGAACCCCGCCGCACGCAUCAGAAAGAAAAUCUUGGAACCCGACGACUUUCUCGAUGACCUGGACGAUGACGACUACGAGGAAGACACACCCAAGAGAAGAGGCAAAGGCAAGGGGAAGGGUCGCGGGGUGGGCAGCGGCGGCGGCAGCAGCAGGAAGAAGCUGGACUCGGCAGCGUUGGAGGAGCGCGACAAGCCGUACGUGUGCGACAACGCUAUCAAACAAAAGCAUAUUUCCAAACUUUCUGAAAAAGUCUGCGGCAAGCGCUACAAGAACCGUCCCGGCCUGAGCUACCACUACACCCACUCGCACCUGGCCGACGAGGAGGGCGAAGAGAAGGAGGAGAUGGAGAUCAGCGAGCCGCAGACACCGCUGCCGGAGGCGCCCAAAACCCCGAAGAGAGGCCCAGAUGGGCUGGCCUUGCCCAACAAGUACUGCGACUUCUGCUUGGGAGACUCCAAAACCAACCACAAGACGGGCCAGUCCGAAGAGCUGGUGUCCUGCUCCGACUGCGGUCGCUCGGGCCACCCGUCCUGCCUGCAGUUCACCCCCAUCAUGAUGGCCGCCGUCAAGACGUAUCGCUGGCAGUGCAUCGAGUGCAAGUGCUGUAACAUGUGCGGCACCUCUGAGAACGACGACCAGCUGCUCUUCUGUGACGACUGCGAUCGAGGUUACCACAUGUACUGUCUCAAGCCGCCCAUGGCAGAACCCCCGGAGGGGAGCUGGAGUUGUCACCUGUGCGUGGACCUCCUGAAAGACAAAGCGUCCAUCUACCAGAAGCAGGACGCCCCGCCCUCGUGAUGGCCGCUCCUUCUGCACAUACUUCGGCCGCGCCGGCGUCGCGCAAGUGUGUCCAGAGGGAGGCCGUGAUUAGUCCAAAGGGAAGUACCUGCUACCACGCUGGCCUCAUUUCUUCAUAUGUGACUGUUACACUCUCCAUUUUUUUUUUUUACCUUCCCGUGAGAUCGGCGGAAUUGUGCCGCAGGCCGUGCAAAGUGGAGCUUUCAAUUUUUUUUUUUUAAACAAUUUCUAUCUUUCUAAAGUUGAUCUCAGUACACUUUAGUGGAUGUCAAUUUGGGUUCUUGUAGAUUUCGGAGACCUUUCACAUCGUCGCACGCAGGCUGAAAUUUGAUUUCCUGACAAGCUCGUUCAAAGGGUUCCAAAGGCUUCAAAACGGCAGGGAGGGGGUCACGUUUCAAGUGAAGCAUUGCUCAAAAGCAAAUGCGCUCCUUGUGGGGGUACUUUUUAAAAAUUGGUUUGGGGUCGCUGACAAUUACUUUUUUAAAAGGGAAGCACAAAGUUGUCGAUGGACAAUAACAAUCACGUUUGAUUGAUAUUUAAGAUUACUGUCAUACUCAAAAGAAUUGUAUGAAUAUGUAAUUCAAAUUUUUGAAGUAUGACCGUUUUUCUCGUUAGUUGUGGCUUGUAGUAAGGCGCUGCAUCGUUUCAAAAGAUUUUGCAGCGAUUGAACAAAUCCUCCAUGCUAGAUUUUUUGGCUUUGUUUCAAAUAACAGUUCCUCUGAGGUUCUAUUUGCACGGCGUGCUGGCCGGAAUGCGCUGCUGGGUCUCAUGUAUGUAUCAGUUUCUCAUCCAUCUUUGAGGGUAGAAUGCAAAAAUAGACCCCGCCACCCCCUCCCUUGUCAUUCCCAACAACUCUUUGGCGCCUUUUACUACCACACAGACACAUAUUUGCUCCCACCAAACGCCAAUGUUAAGGUCUUCCUCGCUGUGUUGUAGCAGUUCUUCGUUUAGUCUCCCUUCCAACUCACCUCGAUUGCUUUCGAGUCAUCAUUUGCUGCGGUAGGACGCUCGAAUGAGACCGUUUUCCUUGCUUGUGUGGCGGCCACGGAAUGUUUUCUUGGAUUUGGACACGGGCUCGGCAAUGCCCUCAAUGCAUCAAGCGCCGUUUCCCCUCAAAAGUGUGAGACAAAGGCCACCGUGCACCAACGGAGAAGCACUAUCGGCGCUUUGGACUUUGGGAGACAACACGGGAGCGCGGUUCAUGGUAAAAAUCACUGUAGGCGACUUCCCGUAGGCUGACUGAUGGAAUGUCCCAUUGUACUUUUCACUGUAGGAAAAUAAAAUAUAUAUAUAUAUAUA